AAUCAAAGUAAAUCAUUUGUGAUAGUGCCGUCGAACGGGAAAAAUACCAACUCCGUUCCAGUGUGCGUAUAUACCUGUCGUCUACCUCGUGUAAAUACUGCACACCUACGUUUUACACUUCAGUAUUAUCCGCCACACAACCAUGAGCCAACAAAAGGCUAUUGCCAUUCUGUUAUUGAAUGUGUUUUUAACAUCAUUCGUCUGUGCCCAAUAUGGAAGCCCUGCUGGAAAUGGCAACCCUGGAUACGGUGGUACAGGUACCGGUGUACCAUCAGGAGAUUAUGGACACAAAGAACAAAAUCCCAUCGGAGGAGCCGGUGGAUCAGACGGAAAUUCAGAACCCGAACCAUUCAACUUUGCUUACCAAGUGAAAGAUGCACCCACCAAUACAGACUUCAAGCACGAAGCCAACAGUGACGGCAAACGAGUGACUGGAGCGUACAGCGUACUUCUUCCAGACGGUCGUAACCAAGUAGUGACAUACGUAGCUGACGAAAACGGUUACAACGCCAAGAUCAACUAUGAAGGAGAAGCAAAACCACAACCAGGUCAACCAGGCAGCCAAGGAGGUUAUCCAUCAGCAUCUGGUUUCCCUUCUGCUGCUCCUAAUUAUCCUUCUGCUGCCCCUGGAUAUCCUUCUACUGCCUCUGGAUAUCCUUCUGCUGCCCCUGGAUAUCCUUCUGCUGCCCCUGGAUAUCCUUCUGCCGCACCUGGAUAUCCUUCUGCUGCUCCUGGAUAUCCUUCUGCUGCUCCUGGAUAUCCUUCUGCAGCUGCUCAAGGUUAUCCUUCUUCAGCUCCAGGUGGUUACCCAUCGUCAGCCUCGAGUUACCCUUCAUCGGCAUCGAGUUACCCAUCGUCUGCCCCGAGUUACCAGUCCGGUGUUAAGGGAUCUUACGCCGCACCUCAACCCAAAAACGGAGGAUAUUAAU